GCGGAGAGCCGCGCUGGAAUCAUCCCGGGCUGACGCUCACAAGUCCGGGGCCCGGUGCACCCAGGACGCGAUCUUCCCAGAUGUCCUUCACUGCGACGCCGGGACACCACGGACCCUGGGUGCAUCCACAGCGGGGGAUGCGAGCCGGGUCCCGGGCGACGACAUCUCCCCCUCCUGCCUUCGAGAUCUCCAUCCAGAACCGCUUCGCUCCCCUCCGCGAGACAGGACGCGACGCUGUGAUCAUCGGAGACUCCAUCGUCCGACACGUAAGUGCUACGUUAGCCGAAGGUAAAGUGCACACUCAUUGUUUGCCUGGUGCUCGUGUUCUCGAUGUUUCUGCGCAGAUACCUGCGAUCCUGAAGGACGACGAGAGCCCGAGAGCGGUCGUGCUUCACGCCGGGGUUAACGACACCACGCUGCGGCAGACGGAGACGCUGAAGAGGGACUUCAGGAGCCUGAUCGAGACGGUUCGCAGCACGACGCCCGCGGCGACGAUCGUCGUGUCAGGACCACUGCCCACGUAUCGACGAGGACACGAAAGGUUCAGUAGACUUUUUGCUUUAAAUGAAUGGUUGUUGUCAUGGUGUAAAGAACAGAAACUGCUAUUUGUUAAUAACUGGAAUCUUUUCUGGGAGCGUCCUAGACUGUUUCGCGCUGAUGGAUUACACCCCAGUCGAGUCGGCGCGGAGCUUCUCUCUGACAACAUCUCCAGGACACUUCGCUCCAUGUGA